AUGCAUAGCAAUCCGGCGUACGUUCAAUUUGACAUUGAAAAUCAUAGGCAAUCCAAAUGGUGGCAUCAUCGUUGGGUUAGGAUCUUUGGGAUCGUUUUCAUCGUUUUAACAAUUGUAGUGGCUACUCUAUCUUUGUUGUUAAAAUUUGUCAUUCUUGCUCCAACGAAGCCAGAAAAUAUCAUUACUAGCACAUCAUCUUCGAGAGUAACAACAACAAUAACAUCAACAGCAACGGUCACAUCGACAUUAAUAUCAACCUCGACGACAACAGGAUCAACAACAACAACAACAACAGACACAUUGCCAUUAACAUCAACAUCAACGACAACAGAAUCGACAACAAUCGCAUCGACAAUAACAUCAACAACAACAUUCACAUCGAUAAUAACAUCAUCAACAACAGUCACAUUGACAAUAACAUCAUCAACAACAGUCACAUCGACAACAGUAACCAACACUCCGCAAUCAAGAUGGCUUAAUACGGGUAAUAUGAAUGACGGACGGCAUGAGCAUACAGCAUCGUUGUUAAAAAAUGGAAAAGUAUUAGUUGCUGGUGGCAAUGGGGAUCAUGCCCUUAAUAGUACUGAGCUUUAUGAUCCAUCAACAGAAACAUGGACAAUUACUGAGAGCAUGAAUAAUUCACGAUAUGCACACACAGCAUCUGUAUUAGCAGAUGGAAAAGUGUUAGUCACUGGCGGAUACGAUGGUAACGCAUAUUUGAACACCGCCGAGUUAUAUGAUCCAUUAACAGAAACUUGGACAGUUACUAGUAGCAUGCAUGAUGCACGAAGUUUUCACACAGCAAAUGUAUUAACAGAUGGAAAAGUAUUAGUUACGGGUGGCUAUGGUGGCAAGACUAUUUUAAAUAGUACUGAGUUGUAUGAUCCAUCAACCGGAAUUUGGACAGUUACUGGCCGUAUGAAGCAAGCACGAGACGGGCACACAGCAUCCCUAUUAGCCGAUGGAAAAGUAUUAGUUAUUGGAGGUUUUGGCAACGGUAAUCCUCUAAAUACUGCUGAGUUAUAUGACCCAUCCACAGAAACUUGGAGUACUAGGUCUAACAUGCAUUAUGAACGACAAUAUCAUACAACAUCCGUAUUAACAAAUGGAAAAGUGUUAGUUACUGGUGGAUAUCAUCGUAGUGUGACUGAAAAUAGUGCUGAAUUGUAUGAUCCAUCAACAGGACGUUGGACAAUUAUUGAUAGCAUGAAUGAUGCACGACAUAAUCACCAAGCAUCGCUAUUAACUAAUGGAAAAGUAUUAAUUACGGGUGGCUAUGGUGCGCAUAUUUUAAAUAGUACGGAGUUGUAUGAUCCAGCAACAGGAAUUUGGACCAAUGGUGGCAACAUGAAUAAUGCACGAGAUUAUCAUACUGCAACCAUAUUAACAAAUGGAAAAGUGUUAGUUACAGGUGGAGAUCGUGGCAGCACUUCUCUAAAUUCUACCGAACUAUACGACCCGCCAACAGUUUUAGUGGUAUAA